GAAUCAUCUGAACAGCCAAGCCGAGCGCAGCGAUUCCCAUAUCCUCGCAACACCACAAGGGUCGGUCGGCGACAAUGUCAUAAUUUUAGAAAUGGUCACUGCGAUAUCCGUCUAGCGAGUCGAAUCAAGUCCCCUUCCCACGCCACGAGGUAUCGAUGGACGCCCACGCCCACCUCCUCUCCCUCGGUUGGGCAGGGCCAGGCCACUCCCUCGAUUCGAGGCCGUACAAGCAAAAAGGCCACCGCGGCCUGGCGUACGACCCUGCCAAAGUCGGCAACAACGGCACCGGCCUCGUCAAACCACUGCUGGUGUCCCAGCGGAAAGGUCGACUGGGGGUGGGCAAGAAAUCCCACGAACCGCAGGCCGGGAACGAAUGGUGGCUCAAGGGUUUCGAGAGUGCCCUGGGGAACAUCGGCAAGAGCGAGAGCGAGAGGAGCAGUGGCGCAUCGACCCCCGCGCCCGCCCUCGACAACACCGGAGGCAAACACGGCGGCCUGUACAGUUUCUUCGUCAAGGGUCAACAGAUGCAAGGUACGAUCGGACUCGAAGAGGAAGGAGACGCCCCGUCGUCAAGUCGGACGGACGACAGAAAGAAGAGGAAGAGCGACCACUUUUGGAGUGGCGCGACCACCGACGGGGACGUCGACGGCCAGGGAGACUCGACGGUGAAGAACAAAAGACAAAAGAGGUCGGCAGCCGCCGAGUUCGAACAGGUCGGCGAGUACCUCGCCCUGCGCGACCAGGACGGCAAACGCCGCAAACGUACCGAGAGACCCGGUCCCGUGGAGGAAUUCAGACAGGUGGGCGAGUACCUGGCCGCGCGGACCGACAAGAAAAGGAAAAACAAGGACAAACUCGAGUCACAAGAGAACGAGGGAUCCGGCGCGAGUACGCCGGCUCUCCUUCCAGAGCAGGAUGAACGGACCGAGACGCAAGAAGAGAGACGUGAACGACGGCGGAAACGAAAGGAGGAGAAAGAGCGCCGACAGAAGAGACAAAUGGACGGUCAAGGAGGUGGUGGUCGAUCAGAAGACGUCGAGAUUUCCAGUGAAGACGCCGCCGCAAAGGAAGCGAGACGAGCAGAGCGCAAAAGGCGAAAAGCUGCUGAAAAGGCUGGCAAAGUUGCAAAGAGUUGAGGAUACUUGGGUCUCUUCUCUCAUGACUCUCUACACUCUGGAUAUCUACUGUCUUGUUUGAUUGGUUACAUGACGACAUUUGGAGCGUUGACGCAAAUGAUCCUGCCCAGGUUGUUACCAUUUUCUUUUUGUGGGCAGGGAUAGUUUAAUGAAUCGGAAUGACC